CGAAAGGGAAACAUAGGGGACCCUAAGAUCUAAAGGAGAAGGAAGAAUAUUACAACACACUCUGGAUUUGAAAGUAACAUUAUUUAUGCAUUUAAACUGUACUUUACGUUUUAUCGGCGGAGUGGAAGGAUCUGUCGGUAAAAGCAGGACUGUGUAAAACUAAUAGGGUGAGUGGGGAUUGGGGAAGCGCGCGUCGUCGGGUCAAAAUGUCGAUUCAGUACGAAGUGGAACCGCUGGCAGACAGCUACGGGGUAGCGGACUCGUUUCCCAAAGAUUUUGGCUAUGGAGAAGAGGAGGCCGACAUCGAGGAUAGCCCAACUCCAUCUGACAGCAAACCUAGAAUUCUGUUGAUGGGUUUGCGGAGAAGUGGCAAGUCGUCAAUACAGAAGGUAGGAAGAGAUCUCGGCGGACAUGAUUCAUCUGUCUUUACAUAACGCCUUAUUUUGGUUCAAACAGCAACUAUAGCUAUCAUCACCAGUUAUUUAGAUAGCUAGUUAACAUUGCCACAACUUCUAAACAUUCCUGAGGUUAAUAUAGUACCAUGUAUCCACUCUGAACGUCAUACCUUAAUGUCAAAGACCAGUUGUCAUCCUGGUCUGGAUAGCAAGUUACUGCUACAGGACAAGCAAGCAAACACGUUAGUAUAGCUAACAUCAACAGAUAUGGUCAGGUUUAUAAACUAGCUUGUUUGUUCAGCUAACAACACAAUUAAUUCAACCGUAUUUAUGUCAAAUAAACGUUUGCAAGGUAACUUGUUAAUCAUUUAUCAGGUGAAAGCAUGUUUCUUGUUCGACACUCGUGUGUGUGUGUGUGCGCGCGGUGUGAUCACCUGUAUGGAUUGGGCACGAGACUGCCUCUCUAAAAUCCCUCCCCUGGCCUUCCAAAACUUGUCAGACACUCGCAGUCAACAUUAUAUUACUAAACCACCUGACUCAUGACAGCAGAGAUACAGCCACACGCCUUACAUUUUGCAAGUCAUAUCAUCACUUAUAUGGUUCAAUAAGUAUACUCUUUCCAGGACAAUACAAUUCAUUCAAGAUGCACCAUACCACUUUACUCAUUAGAGUUGGGAGAAAUUCUAUGGCCUUUAUUCGUCAUUUGCCACUUUUAGAUUGUACACUGUAGCCUAGAUAACUAAUUUAUCAUAGAUGUAGUUGUUUUUUUGCAGACAUUUUGGCGUUGUUGUUAAGAUGCUGGGGGCAAUGCCUUCACCCAUUUGAUACAGGGCGGGAGAAAUCAUGUAAACUGAAAUUAAUCUAAAAGUAUUUCUGCUUCAGUAGUAGAAGAUACAAGAGUCACAACACAUAAUGUAUUAAAGAGACUUAACGGUACUUUUGCAUACUUUUUAGCCAGUAGUUCUGAAAGUAGCCCACAUGGGGGGGAAAUGGCAAGGCACAGCUUCAAUAAAACAGUCGCUUUCAAACUAGGGAUUUUGUGGCUAUUUGAGAUAAAACAGUAAUUCUGCUCAUAGAUUAUGCAUGUAUGAACUACAUAUUGACACAUCCAGCCCAAAGCGGGACGUUUAAAAAAAAAAACUUUUAGUCACCAAAGUACAGGAGCAUUUCUUUUAAGGGUGCCAAACUAUAUAUUUACAUGGCUUAUUUGUGUUCCUUUCAAAUAUAUUUUCAUUCAUAGGCUAUGGUUGUGCAGUGCUACACUGUUGUUGAAGGCCCAUGUAAAUUCAUGACCCUAAGUGCUGAGCCGCAGAGUACGUUCUUCCCUUAAGCCUCUCGCUAGUCCAGAAACAUGUGAUUUGGCUUUUUCCUCUGUUAGUAGUGACCCCAGUUACGUGACGGAAUAACAAACUCUCAAACUGAAGUCUCUCUCUUUAGUAUUUUGAGAAGGAAGCAGUAGUUCUAGGUGUGGUCAUUUUGUCUUAACAUCACUAUGUCUAAUUGCCUGUUUCAGGUGGUAUUCCACAAAAUGUCUCCCAACGAGACGUUGUUCCUGGAGAGCACCAACAAGAUCUACAAGGACGACAUCUCCAGUAGCUCAUUUGUCAACUUCCAGAUCUGGGACUUCCCGGGUCAAGUGGACUUCUUCGACCCCACCUUUGACUACGAGAUGAUCUUCAGAGGCACGGGGGCUUUGAUAUUCGUCAUUGACGCACAGGUGAAAAGAUUGAGUGGAAGCGUAUUAAAAACACAACGGUUGACUGACUUACUGACAUGUUGAUAACCAUAAUUGAUGAAAUGUCUGAUCCCAUAGAAAUAGAAUUACUAGAAAGUGAAAAAGCCCUUCAGACCACAGCAUUUUAACAGAACACUCAUGUCAUGGGUAAUGUCUGAACCUGUUCUAUGGCCUUUACACUGAAUGAAAUGUAUUCAAACUGACUGAACUGUAUAGUUUAUAAACAUAUUUUGUAUUUAUAGAGAAGUGGAUGAUAUAGGCUUAGGCUAGAAUACUUCUACUCUGCAGCACAGGAUAAGCUUCUAAUGUUGAAACGUUAAGUGACCCACCGCUUCAAAGACAAUUGAUUGUCACAGAUGUUUUCCCAAGACAGUGCACAUUGUUAUCCUAACUGCUGGAACAAAGUGAUCUUAACCAUUAUCUAAAUCAAAGCUAAUUUGAUCAGGGAGGCCAUAAGGGAUCAAAGAUGCCAUAUCUAUCUCAGUUUAAUGAUCGCAUUGAAAGGAGUUCCCAGAGUCACUACAUUUCUAUCUUUCUGGGUUGUGUUUAGUAGAACACGCAAAUACAUUUUUUUUUCAAACAUUUUGCAACGGAAUACGAAAUUGAGCGUUUCUUAUUGGACAUGUCCAGGUAGUCCCUCCCUGUUUCACUCCAUUUUCUUCCGUUUGGUGCCUAAUGAACUAGAGGUGUGAAUGUUAAAACCUUUAAAUGAAAUUGGGAUCCUUAAUGUUAAGAAAGCUACCUCGCUGUGAACAGCGUGAAGCGAACCCAUGCAUAUACUGUGUGUGACUGUGAGAGCGACGUGUUGCAUCUCGCUCAAUAUCCUAGCCUAUUCAUUGAUGAUAGGCCCUGCUUUACUGAAGUUGCCAGACAUUGGAAGCUAAGAAAUUGCGAGAUACAGCAUUCCAUUGCGAGAGCCAGCUUUUUAAUUGCCGAUAGAUGGGCCUAGUGCAUAGUUCUGACUCUCUGUCUGGUGGCCGACCUGCCUAUAUUGUGCCCUUCUCUCCGUCCCUCUCUAGCACGAUAUGAAAGAUGCAAGUGUUUUUAUUCUCGGAAGUACGUCAACUAAUCAGUCUCCUUCGUUCCACAAAUACUGAAUCUUAGGAGUCGAUUCAUAGCUGAACCGAAUCUUGACACUCAGAGAUGGGAGUCGACACCGGGAGUCGACGUGGAAGGAGUCGAGGAGUAAAUUAUUUUGUCUACUCACCAAAAAGGCAAGCGACAGCAGUGAUGUCCUGUAUGGCAACACUUUGAGAAGUGAAAUGAGAAGGAAAUGCAAACUUUGCGUGGUGGAAUUGAAGUACAGUAAUGGUAGAACAAGUGCAAUGCUUGAGACCCAAACCGUUUCUGCAUUGUGAAUUCACAUGGAAUUGUGUGUUUUUUUGUCACAUCCCUAUAACCCAGAACAGGACAGCGUGUCCUCAUUGCUGGUGUUUUCUCUCAACGUUAAAGGGACAAUCCACCCCAAACCACUAAUUCCUAUGAUUAACAGUCUUAAAUAACAAUACUUUUUUUGUGAACAAAUGUUUCAUUUUGUCGUUAUAACAAGGUUGGUAGCAAUGUGAAAGUUGUUGUGGAAAUCUGUUGCAGUGCAAGUCAACUACAAAACCCACAAUGCAAUACUCUCUCUGGACUGGCUGGCUAGCUAGGUAGCUAGCUAGCAAACAUAGCUACACACAAUAAUACCAAAGUCAAUAUCAGCAUGUGAAGUAGCUAGCUAGCUGUAAAAUCGCCUAAAACUGCACUAUCAAUUUAGGAGUCUCUCACCGAGUUCGCCUCUUACCAGAGCGAGUGCAGAGUAUGUUGCUAUAGCAAUAACGUCUCUUUUCCGCGUUUCCAACAGACACACAGGGCACAUUGCGGUAUAGUACUUGAAGGAGAAACUGAGUUGAAUCAUUUGGUUCACUGUUUAGAUUGAGCACAUCUAAGCGAAAUACAGUAUAUACUUUGUCAUGAUGAUAUAAAUGGAUGUAUGUGUUCUAGACAAGUAUGCCCAUACCUUCUAUUGGCUGAUUUGGCGAUCUGGAGUGCAGGUAGGCCUAAUUAAAAAAUAAAAAGUUAUGAAAUGUCAUAGUGUGUUAUCCCAAAUCUCCAGUGACGAGAACCAUGUAGCUAUGACGCAUUCCUACACGAUUUCCUGAUUUCACUAACAGACCACUUAGAAGUUAAAUCAUGGGGGAAAUUGUUGUUUUACCCACUGAUCGAACAUAGGCUUUCACCAAUUUGACAGGAGUUUCAUGAUUUUUAUAUCUGGGGGUGGAAUAGCCCUUUAAUGCUGUCACAAUUAUCUGUGAGGUGUAACUAGGUUGUAACUACGUAACAUGUCCCAGGUGUUGUAUGUCCAACAAACCUACUGUAUCCUUUUGCCAGUUUAUUUUGAUUUUCCAGCUGAGUUAAAUUUAGGAAGUGUUUGUACAAGCCACUGUACUGAGGCAGUGUGGCACUCCAUAUCUCACUAGCGUUCAGUAUCUCUCAGUGCAGAUGCAGAAUUCGCAGGGAAAUAAAUUGGCAGGCUUGCUCAACACAUCCAAUGUUGUCACACAUUUUUGCAGUGGGACUUGCAAGAUUUUGGAAUCUGAAGGAUUGUAUAAUGGUUAUGUUGAAAUCUUUGAUUGCUUUAAUCAAAAAAUAGCCUAAUUCUCCAGGAAUUCUGGCUCACCCUCCCCACCACUGGGACUGUAACAAGUAGGAUAUAUGGGUGUAGGGGAUUGUAAUUUGGCAUAGGGGAUUGUGUUAUGCAUGUUGGAUGGAAAUGGAAAUGUGAAUGCAGGCAGCAGGAUGCAUGUAGUCGACUUUUUAAGCACAGUUGUACACUACUUUGUUUUAAGCCACCUUUUUCUAAGGCUCUCUGUGUGUGUCUCGGUCUGUCUGUCUCUGUUUGUGCGUGUGUUCUUCUUUUAAUCUUCUCCCUGCCCAGGAUGACUAUGUGGAGGCAUUGGGCAGACUCCACCUCACCGUGUCACGGGCCUACAGGGUCAACCCUGAGAUUAACUUUGAGGUGUUCAUCCACAAAGUGGACGGCCUCUCCGACGACCACAAGAUCGAGACCCAGAGGGACAUCCACCAGAGAGCCAACGACGACCUGGCAGACGCCAGCCUAGAGAAGCUUCACCUCAGGUAGGUCCACAGACACUCACCCUUAAAGGGAUAGUUCAAAAAAUCUAACCAUCCUUUUAAUCCUCCCAUUGAAAACCUACAGAAAGAGCAGCUAUGCUAAGCUAAUUAGCCUUCUCAGCUUAUUGCCUUGCUAUUGUUGGUUAGUAUUCUCUUUUUCUACUGUUUCAACCCAGCAAUGACCUCAUGGGAGUUCAGUUGAUGUGCAUUUGACUAAAAUGCUAGCAGUUUUAGCACUGGUCAGCCAUUUUUUUUCACAACAUAAGCUAGUCAUCCGUGCUGCCAAGUCAUUUCCUGUGGCUUCUGCCACUGUCACUUUGGUUAUUUUCUAAAUAGCAGGAUUGAUUUUGGAAUAUGGCUGAAAUCUGACUGAAUCAGAUCACACUUGAGAUUCCACUGAUGUUGAUGCAGUGAAAAUUGCUUCAACCAGUUUCAUGUUAGUGUUAGCUUAGCUGUUAGAACCCGUACUCUCUUACUUUGCAUAAGGAAGUUUGGGCAGUUUAUGACUUGCCUUUACACAACACAUGGAUGAAAAAAAUUGUCCACGUUCCAAGGCGAUGUGGGGCGAAACACAGCCCUUGUUUUGGUCCAACAUUUGACUGUGAGUGGUGCAAUAACAUAUAAUGACAAGGACAGUUGUCACUGUGUGGGCCUGGAUCAUAGGGUUAGCUUGUAUACUUCCAGCGCAUGGUUGUCAUACCUCGAGCAUUACUGUCAGAUUCCACCCCGGCCUCUUAACAAACAAACACCACAGCAAGUGUUCAUAAUACAAACUGUCUGUUAAAGGAUCAGAAAGAUUACAUGUAGACUUAUAGAGCUUAUAGUAUAUAGCCUAUAUAUCAUGUACCGUUAUGCUCAUACUUCAAUGUUUGCUAUUUUCUCUUUUGAAGUUGAAGCUAUAGCCUCAAAUUUUGAAUUCUGCUGUAAUGGUUGUUUUCGACAGGGAUAUCAUCAUAUGACCUAAUGAUAAUUUCCCAGAUAUAGGCCUAGGCCAUUUAUACAUUAAUGAUACUGAGCCUAGCGAGUCGUUUUAUGAACAGACAAACUGGUUCAAACACGCUAGAGCUCUGCAGAUUUUCAGUACUAGGUUUUUCAAUCGAGUGUGUGCCUUUCUAUCCUGAGAUGUAGGCCGAUUUUAUGAAAGGUGAGAUUGCUGUUGGUGCACGCCAGACAGUUGGAUUAGUGGUGGAUUUAUAGUGGAGCUGGGAGGAGGGAUGUCAUGUUGAGUUGGGAUGUGUUUUGUUCUCUGCACUGCAAAGACAUCUCUGUGCGAAGUCUGUAGUAACAUCCACUGGCCUCUCUUCUCUAGGACCUUUGGUUCUAUUGGUUAGAACUGCAGUCCUUAAAGUUUCCCAAUUUUCUAUCACUACUAUUAUUUAUAGAAUUCCUGAAAAUGUUACGCUACCGUAAUGCUUUUGUAAUACAUUGUUUUGCUAAUAUUUUAGUUUCUACAGUUGGACUGUCCCAAAACGUAGUUAUCAUAUCUGUUCUAACCUGUGCAAACCUAUAGCUAACUUCCCUUUCUUUUAUAUAUCUUUCAGUUUCUAUUUGACAAGUAUCUAUGACCACUCGAUAUUCGAGGCCUUCAGUAAAGUGGUCCAGAAGCUUAUCCCACAGCUGCCAACACUGGAAAACCUUCUGAACAUCUUUAUAUCCGUAAGUACCAAAUUCCCUCUUGAUUUAGUUCUUGCUGUUUGAUUUGAAGGCAUUUUUGCAUUUCUUACAUUCGUUUGACCUGGGUCGUAUUCAUUAGUGCACACCAUAACAAAACAUUUUGCAACGGAAACUCAUGUUUCUCAUUAGACAAGUUCAGCUAGUCCCUCCCUGCUAGUUGGCUGUACCUGCACCAAAACUCUAGUAUUUUUCAUAGCUUGUUCUCCAUCUUCUUUUUAAAUAGGGAGCAAAAAUAUUUUCAGCACUUUUAUUUCCAUGACUGAUCAAAACGUGUUUUCUCAUGGCUCCCUCUUGUGCCUCUACAGCAGACAUAUGGUGCGAAAUUUGUUGAACAUCGAAUCGCAAUAAAAUCCCAGUAUCGCAUCGCAAUACAUAUAGAAUUGUAAUACAUAUCGUAUCGGCACCAAAGUAUCAUGAUAAUAUUGUAGUACCCACCUCGCUAAUGACCAUCAGGUCGCUAAUGGCCUGGUACUCAGGGCUCUAUUGCCCCUCUAACCACUCUGACAUAAAUGCAAUCGAAAAUCACAUCAAACACUUCUUCAAAACGGUAUCAUGCUUUUAAAACUCACCUCACUGUGAUUGAUCAAUUUGAAGAAGAAGUUCAACAACAGGUUGAAACUGAGUGGAAAACAUGGUCAUUGUAGAUGUUGUUUCAAAGCCUUAACACAAUGAAACGGACAGCGCUUUCUAAGGUGAUGAUUCAUUCAAAACACACCAUAUGCAUAUUAGAGCUUAUGCAUACGCAUAGACCUAUAUAUGAGGCCAAGCCCGAAAACCCCCCAGAAUUAAAAUAAUGAUUGUGCCAUUAUACUAUACAUACCUACCGCAUAUUACACAUGGCAGAAAAACAUGAAGAAAAACGGAUUUAAGAUGUCUUUGGUACAUAAUUGGUCUAACCUAUACUAUAGUAAUCACCUUUGAGUGUGGACUGUAUAAUUAUGCAUACAGUGAGGGGAAAAAUGUAUUUGAUCCCCUGCUGAUUUUGUAUGUUUGCCCACUGACAAAGAAAUGAUCAGUCUAUAAUUGUAAUGGUAGGUUUAUUUGAACAGUGAGAGACAGAAUAACAACAACAAAAUCCAGAAAAACGCAUGUCAGAAAUGUUAUAAAUUGAUUUGCAUUUUAAUGAGGGAAAUAAGUAUUUGACCCCCUCUCAAGCAGAAAGAUUUCUGGCUCCCAGGUGUCUUUUAUACAGGUAACGAGCUGAGAUUAGGAGCACACUCUUAAAGGGAGUGCUCCUAAUCUCAGUUUGUUACCUGUAUAAAAGACACCUGUCCACAGAAGCAAUCAAUCAAUCAGAUUCCAAACCCUCCACCAUGGCCAAGACCAAAAAACUAUCCAAGGAUGUCAGGGACAUGAUUGUAGACCUACACAAGGCUGGAAGGGGCUACAAGACCAUCGCCAAGCAGCUUGGUGAGAAGGUGAAUCCAGUUGGUGAGAUUAUUCGCUAAAGGAAGAAACACAAAAUAACGGUCAAUCUCCCUCGGCCUGGGGCUCCAUGCAAGAUCUCACCUCGUGGAGUUGCAAUGAUCAUGAGAACGGUGAGGAAUCAGCCCAGAACUACACGGGAGGAUCUUGUCAAUGAUCUCAAGGCAGUUGGGACCAUAGUCACCAAGAAAACAAUUGGUAACACACUACGCCGUGAAGGACUGAAAUCCUGCAGCGCCCGCAAGGUCCCCCUGCUCAAGAAAGCACAUAUACAGGCCCGUCUGAUGUUUGCCAAUGAACAUCUGAAUGAUUCAGAGGAGAACUGGGUGAAAGUGUUGUGGUCAGAUGGGAACAAAAUUGAGCUCUUUGGCAUCAACUCAACUCGCCGUGUUUGGAGGAGGAGGAAUGCUGCCUAUGACCCAAAGAACACCAUCCCCACUGUCAAACUUGGAGGUGGAAACAUUAUGCUUUGGUGGUGUUUUUCUGCUAAGGGGACAACUUCACCACAUCAAAGGGACGAUGGACGGGGCCAUGUACCGUCAAAUCUUGAGUGAGAACCUCCUUCCCUCAGCCAUGGCAUUGAAAAUGGGUCGUGGAUGGGUAUUCCAGCAUGACAAUGACCCAAAACACACGGCCAAGGCAACAAAGGAGUGGCUCAAGAAGAAGCACAUUAAGGUCCUGGACUGGCCUAGCCAGUCUCCAGACCUUAAUCCAAUAGAACAUCUGUGGAGGGAGCUGAAGGUUUGAGUUGCCAAAUGUCAGCCUCAAAUCCUUAAUGACUUGGAGAAGAUCUGCAAAGAGGAGUGGGACAAAAUCCCUCCUGAGAUGUGUGCAAACCUGGUGGCCAACUACAAGAAACGUCUGACCUCUGUGAUUGCCAACAAGGGUUUUGCCACCAAGUACUAAGUCAUGUUUUGCAGAGGGGUCAAAUACUUAUUUCCCUCAUUAAAAUGCUAAUCAAUUUAUAACAUUUUUGACAUGUGUUUUUCUGGAUUUUGUUGUUGUUAUUCUGUCUCUCACUGUUCAAAUAAACCUACCAUUACAAUUAUAGACUGAUCAUGUCUUUGUCAGUGGGAAAACGUACAAAAUCAGCAGGGGAUCAAAUACUUUUUUCCCUCACUGUACUGGAUGGACUGGUUACGUUAUGCUACGUUCCAAACGUUCUAUCCAUGAGUCUGGGAGAGAACGUAUAGGUCUAGGCGAUGCUGUUGAUUGUGCAGGGUGGCUUACAGAGUUAGCCUACAAUUUAUAGUGUAUUUGAUUUUGAAUAGCCUAGUAAUAGGGAAUUGUUUUAUAUUUUCAAAAUGUAUAGGCUGACACAUUACCUUUUAGCUACAGAAUCUCACCACUGUGCGUUUCCAUCUCCUCCUCGCUCUCCUUCAUUCCUUUCUCAAGCGCGUAGAGAGUGGCUGUCAACAGUUUAAUGAAAUGUUUCGUUGUGAAAACAUGUUACUAUCAAUGUUCCUGAACAGAUUUCACUUGGUUUCCCAAAUUAAGCACUGGGUAGCUGCAGGAACAGGGUUGGAGAGACCAUGGCAUACAGAGUUUGGGUGGAAUAUCACCUGUCACGCAGCGAGAGGCUGCAUGCUCCUCAAACAGUGGUUGAUGCAUGGAGUGAAGUAACCAGAGUAGCCUACCCGGCAUGUUUGAAAAAUGAACUGGCGGGAAGGUGGCCUCCAUUCGCUAUUGCUGCUGUUCCUGCCCAUUUGAUAAUGGGCCAUCAUGCAUCAUGCAGCCCAUAUAUGUUUUGAUUUCUAAGACAUUUUUAAGGUUUGUAUCAUUCACAAAGUUGCCAAAUAACUCUAAAUAUAGCAAAUAAGACCUGUUUCAAAUUAUCACUUUACGCUCAACAUAGCCACUUCAUAUCCAUACUCGCUUUGGAAUGGGAAAAAUAUCCUUUCUAUUUUAUUCAACUAAGUUCAAUUAUAUUCUUCUUACUAUAAAAUCAUGCAUCCUAAUCAUAUAAUAUAAAAUAAUGGCACUGGACUUAUAAGCAUAUCUUGUCUGCUAAAUGAACAAUCCUACAGCCUAUGGCAUGGCACAUAGCCAGAUAACAUACAGUAGGCCAACUCACAUUCUGUUCUUCUGAAAUACAUUUUCAUAAUGUUUCUUUAGACCUGCCUAAAAUAAAUAAUGGAUUUAUUGUGAUGGUAUAUAUUAAAUUGAUUUAUGAGGUCCCUGGCCAUUCCCAGCGCUAGCUGAAAUGGUGUCUGGUGUGUGACUCACAGUGUGUCAUCAUCCUCGUCAGCCCUGAUGACUCUUUCAUGCGCUGCUUUUAUGGUUGUUGUAUAAUACCAAGCUUCCAGACCCCAAAGUCUCUUCAAUCCCAGUCAAAAUACAUGGACGCUAAGCCACCACAGUUUUGCAUUGGUAAAUAAAAUAUGUUAUUUUUUAACUUAGGAGCUCAAUAAUUCAUUUUGAAACCCUUGCUGUUGAUAUGACCUGAAAGAUAGCUCUGAGAUUUCUGCCAAACAUAGCUUUUAGGAGUACCAAAUGUGCACUGAGGGCGUUUCUCUGCCCCUCCUCCUUCCCCUCUUCCCCUCAUCUCCCUUUUACCCUCCUUCCGUCCUCAGAACUCCGGCAUAGAGAAGGCCUUUCUGUUUGACGUGGUCAGUAAGAUCUACAUCGCCACAGACAGCAGUCCGGUGGACAUGCAGUCUUAUGAGCUGUGCUGUGACAUGAUCGACGUGGUUAUAGAUGUCUCCUGCAUCUAUGGGUAAGGCCCCUAGAACUUAAUUCCUGUCAGAUAUGUAUAGUUUACAGCUGUGUGCGUGCGUGUUUUGGUGGUAAUGUUUUGGACCACACUUUACUUCAAGCUGACAGGUAUAAAAUAAUACUUUACUACUUGUUAUAAGCAUGUAUGAGGCGUUUAGUGUCUUAUUAUAACGUUUGAUAUGUUAGGUCUCUGUAUCGAGCACAUUUUCAAUUUUAAUAAGUUCCUUACAUUGACAGUUCUAUAUUGUGUGUUUGUGUUCCAGUCUGAAGGAGGACGGCAGUGGUAGUGCCUACGACAAGGAGUCCAUGGCCAUCAUCAAGCUGAACAACACCACAGUCCUCUACCUGAAAGAGGUCACCAAGUUCCUGGCAUUGGUCUGCAUCCUCCGAGAGGAGAGCUUUGAGCGCAAAGGCAAGCCAUCCACCACAGCAUUUCCUCAUUACUGCAUUAAGCAGUCUGUCAAUAGCUUCUACCCAUUAUUGUUCAAUCAAGUGUGACUUCACUCCCACAAGUGGAAAAUUCAGACAGAUUUCAAUGGAAGAGUGGCACAGUCUUAUUUAAGGAAUUAAUCAUGUCUUGAGUCUCUUGAUUUUCAAGCUUCUCAGGCGCUAACACUCAUUUAAGUGGCUGAUGAAGGCCAUCUUUGUUGCUAGUUAGUUUUUCUUUGCCACUGUUUUUGUAAAUGUUCUUCACACUGGGUGUUAAUGGUUUAUCUUGAUAGGGUGAUACUUUAUUCACAACUUACUCUUAUUCUUUGUUUCAACAAUACAUGACUUAUGGAGUAAUCGACUGAGUGAAAUUCAAAGUCUCGAAGAUCACAGAAGUGACAAUAGAUUCAUACCAUUCUCUCAUUGACACCUAUCUCUCCCCAGGCUUGAUAGACUACAACUUCCACUGUUUCCGGAAGGCCGUCCACGAGGUGUUUGAGGUGGGCGUUUCCACACCGUGGACGGGCUCCCAGGCGGCCGGCACGCCCUGCACCAAGGCUGUGACACUCAACGGCACCCCCCGGAGCACUGUCUAA